CUCAAACCAUGUCUGAAACUUUGUUCUCGCCCGCCUCUUGACGUCGCUCAUGGGCCCGAGCGCUGGGCAUGAUCAUCCUAACCUCAGCGAUGAUCUGCAUACUACGCCGCCGCUUCACCCACGUUCUACACAGGAUCAUGACCUCGGCGAGGCCAGCCACAUGCACAACCAGUUACAGGACACAACCAAGGAAUUGACCAUGCGGUGCUUGCCGUCGGCCAUCGUCUCCUCGGGGUCGAGGCAGAGCCCGUUGUCGGCGGUGACUAGCUGGUACGGCGGUCACGGUACACAUACAGAGAUGUUUGAAGGGAUUUUAUUCGCCGUUGAACGAGCGAUAAACGACCUAGUAGUCAUCCCGUCUCCCAGCUACGUCCCCUACUGCUUCUUCUUGCCGAACAGCUUGCUCAGCACACCCUUCGAUUUACCCUGUUCCUUGUUGUAUGCCGCCGCGUUCUUUUUGAGCGCCUUUUGCGACGAGUGGUCUAUCUUCCGCAUCCUGCGAUUCCAGGCGAUCCACGCCUUCUCGUACUCGUCGAACGUCUUGAAGUGUUCGCGCUGUGGCUGGUCGAGCGGGCCACGGGCGACCAAUCCAGGUUCGAAAUACUCCCGUUCGAGGAGGUCGACGGAGUCGAAGUCCUCGCGUGCCUCCAGGUAGAGGUCAGCAUCGCUGCGGGCCGCUAGGUAUUCCCGUGCGAAGUGGUCGAGGAUCUGGAGAUCGCGCUCCGACAGAGCUUGCUCGCCAUCGCUGCGAGCACUAGUCCGAGGGCGAGCGUUAGAACAAGCUCGAGUCAGGGCUUAAGGACGACCUACGCGAACAUGUAGUCAUCGACAGGACGUGCCACCCCAACAGAAGCUACCGCGACGAGGGCAAGAGGGAGGAAGCUGGACAAACGCAUCUGAGCAAGUACGGUGGGGAAUAUGGGGACAGAAAAAGGAUGGAGGUCGGAUGAGGAUGGACUGGGUGGUCGUCGAAGGGUCGUACUCGUUAGAUUGGACGUAAGAAAUCAAGCAAGGCAACCAGUGCACUCGCUGUCAAUGAGCUCCGAAGAAGAAGACAAAUCUGGGG